AAGAGAGGAAUGGAGUCCCAGGUGCGUCAGAAUUUCCAUGCUGAGUGUGAGGCUGCUGUGAACCUCAUGGUGAAUCUGGAGCUGUAUGCUAGCUAUGUCUAUCUGUCCCUGUCCUACUACUUUGACCGUGAUGAUGUGGCCCUGAAGCAUAUGGCCCAGUUCCUGAAGGAGCAGUCCCAUGAGGAGUGGGAGCAUGCAGAGAAGUUCCUGAAAUACCAGAACAAACGAGGGGGACGUAUUGUCCUACAGGACAUCAAGAAACCAGAGCAGGAUGAGUGGGGAAACAGCCUGGAGGCCCUGCAGUGUGCCCUGCAGCUGGAGAAGAGGGUGAACCAGGCCCUGCUGGACCUGCACAAGCUGGCUACUGAGAAGAAUGACCCCCAUCUGUGUGACUUUCUGGAGUCUGACUACCUGGAGGAGCAGGUGAAGGCCAUCAAGCAGCUGGGAGACCAUGUCACCAACCUGAAGCGCCUGGGAGUGCCCCAGAAUGGCAUGGGAGAGUACCUGUUUGACAAGCUCACCCUAGAGGAGAGCAGUUGA